UUAGGUUUUUUCACUCCGCCAUUUCACAUCUUCCAUUUCUGCAACAGAUCAUCACUGGUACUUAAAUUCAACGCAGCAGAAUCGAGAAGUUUUCCGACAAACCAGAUUAGCUCUGAACCCUCUUUAACUCUUUCCGUAUGGCUUCGAAAUUCGGAUUGGCGGGUGGGAUUCCGGAGCGACGGGUCCGACCCAUCUGGGACGCCAUCGAUUCUCGCCAGUUCAAAAAUGCUCUGAAGCUCAUCACCACGCUGCUUUCCAAGUACCCGAAUUCACCUUACGCUCUCGCGCUUAAAGCUCUUAUCUUUGAGAGAAUGGGCAAAACGGAUGAGGCAUUGUCCGUUUGCUUGAAUGCCAAGGAGCUUUUGUACAAAGAUGAUUCUUUGUUAAUGGAUGAUCUCACUCUCAGCACAUUGCAGAUUGUUUUACAGAGACUCGAUCACUUGGACUUGGCCACUAGUUGCUAUGAGCAUGCUUGCAACAAAUUCGCCAACAAUUUGGAGCUUAUGAUGGGUCUCUUCAACUGCUAUGUUCGUGAAUACUCUUUCGUCAGACAGCAACAGACAGCCAUCAAAAUGUACAAACUCGCCGGAGAAGAAAGGUUUUUGCUUUGGUCAGUUUGUAGCAUCCAGUUACAGGUUUUGUGUGACAAAGGCGGAGAGAAGCUGUUGCUUCUGGCAGAAGGUUUACUUAAGAAGCACAUAGCUUCUCACAGUUUGCAUGAGCCAGAAGCUCUCCUCGUCUAUAUCUCUCUGCUGGAGCAACAAUCUAAAUAUAACGAUGCAUUGGAAGUGCUUUCUGGGAAUUUAGGAUCUCUCUUGAUGAUUGAAGUUGAUAAACUACGGAUACAGGGGAGACUCCUGGCUAGGGCAGGUGACUAUGUUACCGCUGCCGACAUCUAUAAGAAAAUAUUAGAGUUAAGUCCAGAUGAUUGGGAGUGUUUUCUACACUAUCUUGGCUGUUUACUUGAAGAUGACACCAUGUGGAAGAACUUUAACAGCAAUGACCAAAUACAUCCUAUGAAAUUCGUGGAAUGCAAGUUUUCUCACCUUACUGAUGAAAUGGUGUUUGAUUCUCAAAUGUCAAGUGCAUCAGAUUUGGUACAAAAAUUACAAAGAGAUGCUCAGAAUGCUAACUUAAGGGGUCUGUACUUGGUGGAACUUGAGAUCGAGAGGAGAAAGUUCUUGUAUGCAAAGAAGAACGAAAAUAAGUUACUAGAAUCAUUACUGCAAUAUUUCCUCAAAUUUGGUCAUUUAGCCUGCUUUGCUUCUGAUAUUGAAGGAUUCCUACAAGUCUUGUCCCCUGAUAGAAAGGCAGAAUUUGUGGAGAUGCUAACGAAAAAUGCAGACUCCUUUUCUGAAUCUCCAACUAAAGUGCUUGGUCAGUUAACAUCAAUAUUCAAAGUCCAAGAAUUGACGGGCAAUAUAUUCAAGCUCCCUGUGGGUGAUAUUGAAGCCUCUGCUGUCAAAUUGGCAAAGCUGUACUGUGAAAAUCUCCCCCUUUCUAAGGAUUUGGACCAGCAAGAGAGCAUGUAUGGGCAAGACCUGUUAUCAAUCAUAAGCAACAUGUUGGUCCAGUUAUUCUGGAGAACGAGAGAUUUUGGCUACCUUGCCGAGGCAAUCAUGGUUCUUGAAUUAGGCUUGACUAUCAGAGGAUAUGUCUGGCAGUACAAGAUUUUGCUGUUGCACAUAUAUUCAUAUAUCGGUGCGCUUCCACUUGCGUAUGAACGGUAUAAAGCGCUUGAUGUGAAGAACAUCUUGACAGAAACUGUUUCACACCAGAUUCUACCUCAGAUGUUGGUAUCUCCCAUGUGGGUGGACUCAAAUAACCUCCUAAAAGAUUAUCUCAAGUUCAUGGAUGAUCAUCUGAGAGAAUCCGCAGACCUUACAUCUCUUGCUUAUCGCCAUAGAAAUUACACAAAGGUCAUUGAAUUUGUCCUAUUUAAACAAAGAUUACAGCGCUCAAGUCAGUACCUGGUUGCUAGGGUUGAAACCGCUAUUCUUCAACUAAAGGAGAAUGCAAACAGCAUUGAAGAAGAAGAGCGCAUUCUUGAAAAUCUGAAAUGCGGGGUUCAUUUUGUUGAGCUCUCAAAAGAAAUUGGAUCCAAAUCACUGACAUUCAAUGAAGAUCUACAAACACGACCAUGGUGGACACCACGGCCAGAGAAAAACUAUCUGCUAGGUCCUUUCAAUGAAAUUUCUUACUAUCCUUUGGAGAAUGUGAUUAAAGAGCGGGAAGAAAAUGUUAAGCGAUCCAUCCAGAGAAAAUCCCUUCUACCACGGAUGAUAUACCUCUCUGUUCAGAGUGCAUCAACAGCUUUCAAAGAGGGAAUUGAACCAAAUGGGUCUCUAACAGACCCCAAAACCUCUGCAGAACUCGAGUUUCUACUCGAACAGUAUGCAAAAAUGUUAGGAUUUCCUCUCCUUGAUGCUGUAAAAUUGGUCUCGGAGGUCUCGACGGGUAUAAAGGGUUCCGAGACCCUUGGCCCAGAUUUGGUUGACUGGUUAAACUUUGCGGUGCUUUGGAAUGCAUGGAGCCUGAAUUCUCCUGAGCACUGGCUCUGUGUGAACUCGCUGCUAGAGAAGCUUAUUCGGGAUAGACUAAGAUCGGCAGCGGAGUCGUCUGCCAUCUUCGGUUCUUGCCAAUCUGAUCUUCAAACCUUGGUUCAGAUAAUCUCUGAACCAAUGGCAUGGCACUCUCUUGUAAUCCAAGCAUGUGUCCGAUCUUCUCUGCCAUCUGGGAAGAAAAAGAAGAAAACUCAACAUUCAGACCAAUCCCCCUUGACACAGGUGGUCAGAGAUUCGAUAGAGUCAAUAUGCAGGACGGUAGAAGAAGUUUCAAAGUGGGUGCUGGAUCUGAUCAAUAAACCAGAAGAAGAGAAACUGGAGUAUUUUCUGUCAUCACUGAAGAGAAAAGAACACGAAGGAAGCGGAGGAGCAGGACAGGUAAUGGAAGUGUUGGAGGGUCAUGUGAAAUCCAGCGGUGAAUCAGAAGUCGGGAACUGGAUAUACGAAGCUCUGAAAAGAUGGAACACCGAAGAAACAGCCAGGAAGACGGUAAUGGCGCAGCAGAAAGUCCUGCGGGAGUUUCUACAGAUAUGUGAAUCUAAGAUCAAGCUUCUGGAGAAACUCAGACAGCAGAUGUCCCAUGUUUGAUCUUAAAAUGAAAAACCCUUUUAAAGAAUUCCAGAAGAUUCUCAUGAACUGAACCUGUGGUCAUUUGGACAUGGCGAUGCUGUUUUUUUUUUUUUUUUUUUUUUUUUAUG